AAGGAGCAGCUGGUGGAUUCGAACUGCCGACCUUUUGGUUAGCAGCCAAGCUCUUAACCACUGCGCCACCAGGGCUCCAUAGAUACAAUAGUGGGCUAAAAUAUAUCAGAGAUCAUGAAGAUGGCACAGGACCAAGCAAAAUUUCAUUCUGUUAUGUAUAAAGUGGCCAUGAGUCAGAGCCGAGUUGAUGGCAACUGACAGCAACAACAACAAAGAGUUCUAAGUUGGGAGAAAGAAGCUGUGUGACUACUUCAUAAGCAUCCUGUUAAAAGAUAGAGGUAUCUUUUCAGAGAUUCAGAUGGUAUGCGUUUCCAACAAGAGAUAGCAACUCUAAGGCAGCUGAAGAAGUUGGAUGAAGACAGUUUAACCAAACAGCCAGAAGAAGUGUUUGAUGUCCUAGAGAAACUUGGAGAAGGGUCCUAUGGCAGCGUAUACAAAGCUAUUCAUAAAGAGACCGGUCAGAUUGUCGCUAUUAAGCAAGUUCCUGUGGAAUCAGACCUGCAGGAGAUAAUCAAGGAAAUCUCUAUCAUGCAGCAGUGUGACAGCCCUCACGUGGUCAAAUACUAUGGCAGUUAUUUUAAGAACACAGACUUGUGGAUUGUUAUGGAGUACUGUGGGGCUGGCUCUGUGUCUGAUAUCAUUCGAUUACGAAAUAAAACGUUAACAGAAGAUGAAAUAGCUACAGUAUUACAGUCGACACUUAAGGGACUGGAAUACCUUCAUUUUAUGAGAAAAAUUCAUCGCGAUAUCAAGGCGGGAAAUAUUUUGCUAAAUACAGAAGGACAUGCAAAACUUGCAGAUUUUGGGGUAGCAGGUCAGCUUACAGAUACCAUGGCUAAGCGAAAUACAGUGAUAGGAACACCAUUUUGGAUGGCUCCAGAAGUGAUUCAGGAAAUUGGGUACAACUGUGUGGCAGACAUCUGGUCGCUAGGAAUAACUGCCAUAGAAAUGGCUGAAGGAAAGCCCCCGUAUGCUGAUAUCCACCCAAUGAGGGCAAUCUUCAUGAUUCCUACAAACCCUCCUCCCACAUUCCGAAAACCAGAGCUGUGGUCCGAUAACUUCAUGGAUUUUGUGAAGCAGUGUCUUGUAAAGAGCCCUGAUCAGAGAGCCACAGCCACUCAGCUCCUACAGCACCCAUUUGUCAAGAGUGCCAAAGGAGUGUCGAUACUGCGGGACUUAAUUAAUGAAGCCAUGGACGUGAAACUGAAACGCCAGGAAGCCCAGCAGCGGGAGGGGGACCAGGAUGAUGAAGAGAACUCAGAGGAGGAUGAAAUGGAUUCUGGCACGAUGGUUCGAACAGUGGGUGAUGACAUGGGCACUGUCCGCGCUGCCAGCACCGUGAGCGAUGGUGCCAAUACUAUGAUUGAGCAUGAUGACACGUUGCCAUCACAGCUGGGCACCAUGGUCAUCAAUGCGGAGGAUGACGAAGAGGAAGGGACUAUGAAAAGAAGAGAUGAGACCAUGCAGCCUGCAAAACCAUCUUUUCUUGAAUACUUUGAACAAAAAGAGAAGGAAAAUCAGAUCAACACCUUUGGCAAGAGUGUACCUGGCCAGCUGAAAAAUUCUUCAGAUUGGAAGGUACCACAGGACGGAGACUAUGAGUUUGUAAGUAGUGUUGGAAGUCAAGCGGUUAGAACUUCUGGGGGACGUUACUGGAAAUAUCACACAUCCAACUCUGUCAGUUGGCUGCAAGUGCCUGGGCAUUUCCUCAGGGCAGCUUCCAUCUCCUCUCACCGUCUCUGGCAGCAGCUCCUGGGCUGAGGUCCUUAUGAGUUUGAGAGAGCAGCAUUUUGACUGACAUCUGAGCAGUUCUAGGACCCCUGGUUGGUGGUAUCUUUUUUUUCCCCCCUUAAAAACCCUUUAUUCACUUGCCAUUUUUCUUCUUGUCAAGUGUGAAAUUGUUAAUGGUAAAAGAAACCCAUCAAAAGCUACAACUAUCUUUAGUAGUUUAUUUGUGAUUUUGUAUUUAAGAAUUAGACUGGAGAGCAGUUGAUGCUGUUUUGCAGUGUCUGUUGUUUUGCUAACCCCGGAGCCCUGGUGGUGCAGUAGUUUAAGCAUUGGGCUGCUAACCAAGAGGUCAACAGUUCUGUGGGGUCACUAUGAGUCGGAAUCAACUUGAUGGCAGUGGGUUUUUUUUUUUUGGUUUUUCUUCAUUUUAAGCGCUCUGAGAGGAUUCUGAAUUUUUUAUCAGAGGAUGAAUAUUAAAUUGUUCUAAAGUUUCUUAUGAAAAACUAGGUGUGUUUUUCCUUUCUUUGCUGUGGAACAUUCUCCCUCAACCACAGACACUUACUACUGUUCACAGGGAUUUAAUGAGUAGAGGCAAUAAAAAUUUUGGAGAAACAUAAGGUAAGGAAUCUACAUUCCUUUUCUGAGUAUUUUCAGAAAAUUUCUCUUUAGGAAUUUUUUUAUUUUUGCAUUGUUAAGUUCUGAAGUUUGCUACUCAGCUGUUACAGUUCUGUUGUUGUUUAUAAAAGAGCUUAGAUUGGCCAUUGAGUUUAGACUCUAGGAAGCCAUUCUAGUCCUGCCUUCCUGCUACCCCGCUGACUGGCCUAGGGGAAAUGACAUCAUUUUUCCAUAACUCAAUUCCCAUUUUUGUCAAGUGUCAGGAAUGUCAUAGUUUAUACAACUAAUGACAGAAAUCUUUUCAAGACCAGAGUAACUCACUCGAGGUUGUUUAAUCAAUUAGUCACUAAACCCACAAUAGAACCCAGGUUCAUUUGUUUUGUCAUCUAUUCAUUAUUUAUUCUGUAUUUUUUGAGCAUCAGUAUGUGUGAGAUACUUUUCUGGGAAUAGAUUAGUGAACAAUACGAACAAAUGCCCCUCCCUAAUGGAGCUUUCAUUCUAGUAGAGGGAAAAUAAAGAAGUAAAAUAUUUAGUGUGUCAGAUGUGAUAAGUGCUAUGGAAAAUAUAAAUCAGGAAAGGGAGGUUGGAUGGAAGGGAGACAGAGACACAGAGAGAUAGCCAGAGAGGAGAGAGCUCCAGGCUGCCACUGUUGGUCAGAGUAGACCUUUGAGACUUGACUUAUUGUAAUUGCUCUUGCAUGUUGCCUGUGUACUUCUCUUCUUAUAAGAAUUCCUGAGGGCCAGUUUUCUCAGUUUAGCAAGUCUUUAGGCAAAGGUAUUUAAAUAACUGCCAGAUACCUAAUCACAUCAUCAUUGUGAUAGAAUUUCUAGGUCUAAUUUUUUUCUUUUUUUAAAGUAGAAGUUAGCAAUCCUAAAAGUCCACUCAUUUUACUCCUAACCAUUAUUUUUGUAUCGGUUGUUCCAGUGUAUGAAGAAUUCACUUCUCUUUGCCACAGUUUUCCCAUAAAAAGAUCAUUGGCAGAAACCAUGUAUUGAUGGGCAAGCUACUUCUAUAGAAGGGCUUUACUAGGUAUUUAGAGAGAGUGCUUUUAUUUUGGAAUCAGAUGGCUGCUGGAGGGAGCGGGCCCUUGAACACAUGGAUAGGUCAGCACAUAGCCAACCUGUGUUACCCCGGUCCAUGCAAGAGAAAGGCCCUGAGACUUCCCUCUAACCUCUAGAUCAUAAGCUGGCAGCCUCCAGUCCACAGACUUUUCUGUGCGUUCUGUACGGUGUUGAAAAUGUUUUAUUUAGUUGCCUAUGUUUAAAAAUUGAGAGAUUUUACGUAAAAUGUUGAGUCUGUAGCUUAUCCUGAAAACUGGGAAGAUCUGGCCAUAACAGACCUAAAUUAUUAAAUUAUGGUUGUCUGGAGCCGAGUAGCAGCUGCCCUCUGUGGGCGUGACCUCCCCAGUUCUCCACAGUAUCUGGCCGGCAUGCUUCUCUGUGUUAACUGGUUGAACUGUCUGGCACCUAUGGGCAUUUGAUGUUGGGACCCUCGCAGUGUAUCGUUUGUAUUGGUAUAAGCCCACAUUGUGCCUUAGCCAACCCAUCAUGAUGUAUAAAAUGUUACUUAUUUUUACCUUGUGAGUUUCAAGAGAAUUUAUUGUCUUCUUGGAGAAUUUCAAACUAACCAAUGAAAGAAAAUUGAGGUGGCGUGAUAGAUGAGCCACUACACCAAAAAGUACCAAAACACAAAUGAAAACUGUUUUUAAUGCCUUAACAUUCUUGAUCCCUCACAUAUCUGUCAGUUUGUCAUACUGUGGGGGCUUGCGUGUUGCUGUGAUGCUGGAAGCU